AAUGUUGAGGAACUACUCACUCAGAAUCAACUCAGCAACGGUCCUUCGACUCAAACCAACAGCACCAUCCAAACUACCAACAACAAUCAGAACCAUCAACUCAUCAACACAGAGAAUAACCCAGGAUGGAGAACCACGAAGGACCCAACUCAGCACACGCCAUCAUCAAUCUAGCAUGCAAAGAUCUUACUCCUCUUCUGCAACAGUCACUGCAACUAAGAAAGCACCAACAACAUCAGCAACUGAAACCUCAGAACAACAGCAAGAGACUCAAGGACCACUGACUGCACAGGAUCUCAAAAGGCUAUCAACCAUGCGGAACGUAGGAAUCUCAGCCCAUAUCGACUCUGGAAAGACAACGCUGACCGAACGAGUGCUAUACUAUACCGGAAGGAUCAAAUCGAUUCAUGAAGUCAGAGGGAGAGAUCAAGUGGGAGCCAAGAUGGACCAUAUGGAACUCGAACGAGAGAAGGGGAUCACCAUCCAAUCCGCUGCCACCUUCUGCGACUGGAAGGUCAACGAGACUCCCGGCCGAUCGGUCGGAAGCAGCCAUGCCAUCAACAUCAUCGACACCCCCGGACACGUUGACUUUACGAUCGAGGUCGAACGCGCACUCAGGGUCCUCGACGGGGCCGUCCUCGUCCUCUGUGCCGUCUCUGGCGUCCAGAGUCAGACGAUCACCGUCGACCGACAGAUGAGACGCUAUAACGUACCCAGGGUAUGCUUCAUCAACAAGAUGGAUAGACAGGGCUCGAACCCAUGGAGGGUGAUCGACCAACUCAAAUCGAAACUCAAGUUGAACUGUGCCGCCGUCCAAUAUCCAAUCGGCUCAGAAGAUUCUUACCAAGGUGUUAUCGACUUGGUCCGGCUAAAAUCGAUCAGACAUCAGGGUGACAAGGGUGUUGAAAUCAUCGAAUCUGAAGAGAUCCCGCAGGAGAUCCUCCCACAAGUCACUCAGAAACGACAGCAAUUGAUCGAAACCUUGGCCGAUUGUGAUGAUACCCUGGCCGAUCUGUUCUUAGAAGAGAAAGAGAUCACCAACAGCGAUAUUGCAGAUGCGAUCAGACGAGCGACCAUCAACCUCAAAUUCACACCAGUCUUCAUGGGCACAGCCUUAGCCAAUAAAGGGGUUCAACCACUACUAGAUGGUGUAUGUAACUACCUACCCAAUCCAUCCGAAGUCCCCUCGAUGGCUCUCGAUGUCUCAACUAGCACGACCGAUCCUACAUCAGUCGAGAUCCAUCCCACCGCCUCUGCCCCACUCGUCGGUCUGGCCUUCAAGCUAGAGGAGGGUCGCUUCGGCCAAUUGACCUAUCUGAGAGUCUAUCAAGGUACUUUGAAACGCGGAAACCAGAUCGUCAACGUUCGAACCGGUAAACGAGUCAAAGUGCCCAGACUGGUUCGGAUGCAUAGUGAUGAAAUGGAAGAUGUUGAUGAGAUCAAGGCUGGUGAAAUCUGUGCCAUGUUUGGCGUCGAAUGCUCCUCUGGUGAUACUUUUACAGACGGUUCCGUCCAGCUUUCAAUGACUUCGAUGUUUGUACCCGAUCCAGUAAUUUCACUGUCGAUUCGCCCCAAAGGACAAGAAACGCCACACUUCUCACGGGCCCUUCAGCGCUUCCAAAAGGAAGAUCCGACGUUCCGAGUUCAUGUUGAUUCGGAAUCAUCAGAGACGAUCAUCAGUGGGAUGGGCGAAUUACAUUUAGAUAUCUAUGUGGAACGAAUCAAGCGGGAGUAUGGAGUUGAAGUCGUGACUGGCAAGCCGAGGGUAGCGUUCAAGGAGACGAUCACCAGCGAGAGCUCGUUCAAUUAUGUGCACAAGAAACAGACUGGAGGGGCGGGGCAAUAUGCGAAGGUGGUCGGACGGAUCUUGCCGAUGGAGCGGGACGAGGAAACGGGCGAGGAGACGUUCUAUGAGAGUCGGAUCACCGGGGGGACGAUCCCGGCCUCGUUCAUCCCGGCAGUCGAGAAGGGCUUCAACGAUGCCUUGCAGCGCGGGAUCCUGACGGGCAACCGGGUGACCGGCUGCCAUUUCAUCCUCGAGGACGGCGCCCACCAUAUCGUCGAUUCCUCCGAACUCGCAUUCAGACUCGCCGCCCAGGGCGCAUUCAGAGAAGCCUUCAAAAACGCUAACCCCGUCAUCCUCGAACCGAUCAUGAAGGUCGAAAUCACAGUCCCCAUCGAGUUUCAAGGUAACGUCAUCGGCGCUAUCAAUCAACGUAGAGGCACAAUCAUCGAUACCGAUGUAGGCGUUGAUGAAGUCGUCUUGGUCGCCGAAGUCUCAUUAAAUGAAAUGUUUGGAUAUGCUUCUCAAUUACGUGGAAUGACUCAAGGCAAGGGCGAAUUCACGAUGGAAUACUUGAAACACUCUCCGGUCUUACCUAACAUCCAAAAAGAUAUGAUCGACCAAUAUAAAAAUUUCCGAUCUUAGAAUCUUCUCCUUUUUCUUCCCUUUCCUUCUUCUUUUCGCUGUUUUGUUUUUUCGUCUUGCUUUGUCUUGUUGGGUUUUUUAGAAAUGCUGUUCGAAUAUUCAAAAUCUCAUCCCCUUUCAAAACUUUAUCUUGCUCAAUUUUCUCUCUCUCUCUCUUUCUUCGAGAUUGAUUUCAGUACAUAUAUUUACAUAUAAAUAGAUGGUAGAUAGAUAGAUAGAUGUGCGAAUACCUUGCUACAAUGGAACAAAAAAUCUCUUCUUCUUUCCAUCCCUCUCCCCCUAAUAAUACUUGGUAUUCAAUAUUCAUGUAUACUAACCUAAACAUACACCUGCAAAGACCCUUUAAAUAAACCAUCUACAUACCAGGAAAUUUCCUCAAAAAACGUGCUUCAAAACGGCCGUGCAUUGGCUACUGGCAUACCGGUUUGAAUCCCUUUCAAUUCUGUGGAUAGAUCUUUCUGGUCAGUUCCCGCUUUCAAAACAGUUCAACUUUUCAACAGUUGUGGCAACGAGUGCACACUGAUGACAGUGAUUUUACUGCAUAAAAAAACCGCAGUGAAGAGAACUCUCCACAAUUUUUU